AUGAGGCGAGGUGCGUCGGAGGGCCGAGCGCUGCGGCGGCGAGCGAUCGACAUUUGUAUGCGAUAUCUAAGCGCACAAUUGGACGCCGCGGCGCGACUCUUCGCGCUAAUGGUACACUAUCGAGCGAUCGCGUUCGCCCGCUUGAGAAGUAGCGACCGCCUCGGAAUAGGGACCACACGGCGGUUCGGCGCAAUAAAUGCAACACCCCGUCUGCUGCGGUCGGGUAGGAGGGCGAAAAGUCUUAUGGUGAUGCUCGGGCGGCGGCUACUCUCAAUCGAC